GGGAGGAGAACUGUUUAUAAACAAAACAGUUCUCCUUCCUGUCAGCUCAUGCACACUGCUUUGCAUGGCUGUGCACAGCACAGCCAUACAAAGCAGUGUGCUUACAGUGAAGCACAAACACAUGGCCCCAUAGUAAAACACACUCAGCACACAGUUAACCCUUUGAUCACCCUUAAUGUUAACCCCUUCCUGCCCAGUGCCAUUAGUACAGUGUCAGUGUUUUUAUUUAGCACUAAUCACUGUAUUGGUGCCACUGGGGAUGUCAGUGACACCAUGUCAGUUUCCCCCAGUUGUCAGAAUGCCCGCCGCAGUCCCGCUAUAAGUCGCUAAUCGCCACCAUUACUAGUAAAAAAAA